AUGCCUGAUGUCUUCGGUAUUUCUGACCUGUAUGAUAUAGCCAAUGGUAUCAGGUCAAUGUCAAUCAACAACACCAAUGAACUUGAAGCCAACCUCGUCAUGGACCUAGCAAGGGUGAGGUGGGACAUAUUUAGGGCGGAGAAGGCACUAGCGGAUUGUGUAGUGCAAGAACGCGAAAUCAUGGCGAAUCUUUCCAAGCACCAGUCUGAUGUUUUGAAGAAAAAGCUCGACAAGGCAGAUAUAGGAUUAGGUGCCGCCAUCCCCCAAGUCCACAGAGCUGGAUCCAUCUGCAUCUCCAUUGCAUCGAAGUACCGCUUGAUUAACAGACGUCCACCUAUUCAGGCCCCUCAAAUACCACCAGGCUUUUUCGACAACACCCAACUCUCGUCGUCACAAACUCAGCCUACCACUACCACACCUGCUCAAGGUACCAGCGCUGGCGCAACAGGUGCAACAACCAUGCAGCCACCACCCAUCCCAUUGUGGGCUCGUUUUGUUUUGUUUCUCUGCUGUGCAUCUCCUCCGCACACCAAUGGUCAUUAA